AUGGCGUCCGCCGGAACCGAAGGUGACGACGCCUAUCCCUUGUCUCGGCCCUGGCUGCUAAACAAGGCUAAGAGGGCAAACAAUACCGGCAUGUGGCGGACAGGACGGCGCCCGGCCGAACCACCGGAGGGCGAGGUGUCGGACUUUUCCGACCGCGGGGCUCUCGUCCCGGCUAUCAUCGCAGUUUGUAGCUUUAUGAUGGCCACGGCUCUCGUCACCACGGGCGGAAGGCUUGUCCUGAUAUAUUCUCUGGUCUUCUGGCUGUUAAUGGUGCGAGGUGGCCAGAACUUCAUCUUGCGCGCCAUCAGUGGGAUAUCCCGCUGUGCUGGCUCCUUGGUGAUACGGUCAAGGGCCGUCAUCGCUACAACCGUAUCGCUGGUGUACAGAAUUCGGUUGUGGGCGAACUCGCCAGACAAGUCUUGGAAAGCUGCCAUUGUGCUUUUGUGCAGUGUGGUUGAACUGCACAUUACCAUCAUCGUCAGCUCGAUGCCUGGAUUCUCCAAGUUUGUGAGGGUUUAUUUUGUCAGCAAGAGGAAGAAGAUACGACACACUUCGUCCGAAGAUAGUAGUCAGUGGAACACUCCGAGGGCUAGGCGAGACCGGGAGCAGUAUCUGGAGUUGGACGAGUCGUGGUUGUUCAGAAGCGACCAAAGAGGCGAAGAACCCGCCGAUAACACCCCGGGACCGCGACCAACGGCAACCUCCGGGACUGUUAAGAGACUCAAUCCUGACAGUCAGGCGUUGUCCAAGACCUUGCCCGAUAAUGUGAUGAUCGUCCGCGGUAUUUCUGGGGAGGAUGUUUUUCGGGUGCAGGGAGUGGAGCGGGAGUGA